AUGGAGCAUCCUGUUGCAGGGCUUUCACGCCCACGGGGCGUUCGCAAAAAUACAGCUUUGCUGAAUGGUGGAACCAGCUUGAAGCUUAGUGAUGGUGGAUUAUCACCUGUCUUAGAAGCCCACCCUGGUUCCCCAGUUGAUAUUAGUGAUCAUCCCCGCCCGUCUCUUGCGGCAUCACUAUCACAGCGGCUGUAUCAUGGAAGCGAUGCAGAACUCGCUAAAUUCUCGGAGAAGAGAGCGAGGCUGGGGAGAAGAGAAGAUUUUGUCAGGAGGGGUGGCGUGGCCGCAAAAGGAAUCACCUCUGUACGGGACAGAGAGAUGAAGGAGAAGGAGAAUUGCAGACUCCCGAAUAGGACCAUGCAGGUUGCUGGAUCACAGCCAUUUUAUAUUCCCGCGAAGAUUACCGAACAGGACGAGGUUCCACCCGGAUCUCCGGUCGCCGCUUGUGCGAGGGUAUCUAUCGAUACCGACAUGGACAUGCAGUACGACUUCAAGACCGAGGAUGGCAUGUGGAUAUCUGCAAACCCACUCGCCCGCGAAUCGAGAAGCAGCCUCGCUACAACCGCUACCGCUACUACAUACAUGACCAACAGCACGAUGAUGGACGACCGAAUGAGCUAUAGCGCCAUGACAGCCGACACCAGCGUUGCGAGCUCCGCAGCAAGCAUGAUGUCCUCGAUCGGCUCGAUCCGGUCGUCCAUGACAGGUAGCUCGGACAUGUACGGUUGGGAGGAAGAGCUCGAGCGCCAGGAGACCAUCGAAAGCGAACCGCAUUGGAAUCGCCGGUCCUCUGGUCGCGGUCCUCAGUUCAGAUCCCGUAAGAAGAAGGGGUUGCUAUACCGAGUUCUGAAUAUGUCAUCAUCGAGGCGAGGUUCGACAGAACUGCCACCGAUGCAAUCGAUCCCGGGAUCAAUUAAUAAUGGAUAUCCUGCAGCGUCUACUUGA